CCCACUCUAGCCGCCAAACCAAGCCCACCACCGCCACCCGAGACCACCGCUGCGCCAGCGAAGCCUGCAGAGGCUAAGCCCUCGGCACCCGCCAAACCUGCCGGGCCCUACUCGGUGCUGCAAAAGGCUACGCCACCAGAGCCACCAGCAUCUGAGGCAAGCGCCCCUGCGAAACCCACAGCGCCCUCCGCAGCGAAAGCCACAGCCAAGCCCAGCCCUCCAAAGCUGCCACAGCCAGCCGCCGCUGAGGGUAUUCCUGGAGGAGUGAAGUCUGCAUCCGCACAUGCAGCUGAAGGAGCAGGAUGGAGAUCCACAUCCACGCAUCAAGCCCAAGGAGCAGGAAGCUGGCUGGGAGAAGGUCAGCGCUGCUCAGGCGAAGCGGAGCAAGAUGCGAAGCACGGAGGGAGUCAUGCUGCUGCUGAGUUGUUCAGAAGCCGGGCGUUAGCCCAAGGUUCCGGGAUGGCGAAAUCCGCCGCGCCAUUUCUGCCGAUCGCUUCUCCGGCCCCGGCCCUGCCCUUCAAAGCAGCGCCGACGCAGUCCAGGCCACAACUCCCCCCCAGCCUCCAGCAAGAGCCACCUUACAAGGCGGUGCCAACAGCCAAGAGCUUCGAGCAGCCGGGGCAGUUCACCCGAGACUCCUCCCCGGAUGCGUCGCCGCAGAAUCGCAGCGCAUCCCACUCGAACCCAACACUACUUCAAAGCGGCAAGGCAGCGCAGCGCCGACGCGUGCCGCCAGCGGGCGAGAAGGAGCUGAACCCCAAGGUGCUCCGUGAGCAAAGCUGGGCCAGCGAGCGGCUCAAGCCGCUUCUGGAAUUCCUGGGCAUGGCAGAGGAGCUGAGAGGUCAGAGCAGCCUCCACUGUUGCCAGAGGGUCGCUGAGCGCUUCAACAAGGAGGUGCUGCAGCUGGCAGAGCAGCUUUCUAGCGAUCGCGAGCUGGCGCGUCUCUUCCAGACCGUGGCAUCCCAGCACAUGGGCAACACCCACACCCACGAGGUGCGUACCACCCCAUCGCCGAUUCUCACGAAGUUUCUCUGCAUGUGCUUGUCUUAUGACAGCUGCGCGGCCGUCCUGACGAGAGAGGACAUGAUGCUCAAGCGCGCCAUGAUCUCCGGGGAGCAAUUGCUGGCUUCGGCCAUGCUCGCAGUGGCGAAGGAACAGGAAGCUGCCAUUCCCAAGCGGGACAGACUCAUUCAGGCGCUGCGACAAGGAGCGGGCAGUGAGGUCUUGGUCACCGCGCUCCAGGAGGAGAACUACAG